AUGAUCAGGAUUGGCGUUAAACAUGGGUAUUAUCCUGCGCCUGUAGAAGAAACUUCACCAACUCAAAAUAAUAAUCGAUCGUCAACUCAAUCACCACCAUCUGAUUUACCAUCGUCAAAGAACAUCAAUAAGAUUAUCUUAUGUACACGAGGAAGAUGA